CUGGCCACUUACUGGCACUUGCUCUUGCUCUUACUUGUUGAUGGUGACGGUGAUGGGGCAUCACUGCUGCAGCAAGCAGAAAGUGAAGAGGGGGCUGUGGUCACCGGAGGAGGACGACAAGCUCGUCAGGCAUAUCACUGUCUAUGGCCACGGCUGCUGGAGUUCUGUCCCUAAAUUAGCAGGCUUGCAACGGUGCGGCAAGAGCUGCAGACUGAGGUGGAUAAACUACCUGCGGCCGGACCUGAAGCGGGGGUCCUUCACGGAGCAGGAGGAGCGGACUAUCAUUGACGUCCACCGCAUCCUGGGCAACCGCUGGGCCCAGAUCGCCAAGCACCUCCCCGGCCGCACCGACAACGAGGUCAAGAACUUCUGGAAUUCCUGCAUCAAGAAGAAGCUCCUUGCUCAGGGCCUCGAUCCCAACACUCACUACCUCCUCCCUUCUUCUUCUUCUUCUUCUUCUUCUUCUUCUUCUUCUUCUGCUGCGGCGGCCACCUACACCCACCGUCAUCAUCAAUAUGCUGCUGCUGCUGCUUCAUCUACCGCCAACAACAACUACUACUACUACACCAAUAAGUCUACAACGACGACGACGGCGGCGAUGGUUAUGAAUUCCUCCACGUUCCCCACCACCAGCAGCUGCAUAUCAACAAAUAAUAUAAUUUCCUUAGACGACAAUCUAGUUAUUAACACGACGACGGUGCUUCCACCAGCUGCGGCGCAGGCCACAAUCUCCUUCAAAACUGCGUGCGGCGAUACGCAUCCCGCUCCUCCCCCUGGCACACCUGUUAUGAACAAUAACAAUAACAAUUACAAUUACAUUAAUGAUCCAAUUGAUGUCCUCUUCGGCGGCAACACCACCACCUGCUGCGAUGAUCUGCUGGUCGCCACUCCAGCUUCCACAUUGGACUUAGGAGGCAUGAACUCCAUUAAAAAUUGGUGCGAAUUGCCCCUGGAGGAGGAGGAGGAGGAGGAGGAGGAGGGGGAGGAGGAGGAGCUGCACCAGAUUUAUGAAUUACAAGGACGACGGCAUGAGGAGGAGGAGGAGGUAAUUUAUCAGAUAGGGUACGAUUGCCGUGGGGAUGGGGGCGUCGUAGCAGUUGGGAGCUCAUCAUCGUCGGGUGGAACUGGAGGAGGAGAUGAUCAUCAUCAGCAGUUAGCCGCAGCAACGGCAAGGAUUAACGAUCAUGCAUUUGGUGAAAGCGGCAGCCCUAACAACUUGGAUUUUGAUCAGUUCGUGGAUCCUCAUGCGUUGCAGGUUCCUCCCUCGAUUUAUAACUGUAGCGUGGACCACGACGACGAUCGACUUGCGUGGGAUUGUUAA